AUGCCAACAACCACACAACCACACCAAUUGCAAGCCAUUGCCGCCACAGCCAAAGAUGCUCAGGAUCUCCUCAGCAGUUACAUGCAGCUCAAGCAAACGGGAGAGCCCAUACCUGACGACGGCCAAGAGCUCUUGGAUACGCUGGAUACGUUGUAUGAUCUACAUUCAUCCAUGUAUGCGGCUACACGAGAUAGCAAACAAGAAACAGCCAACGCAAAAUCGGCUAUGGAUGAAAAGCAUAUCGGCUUGCAGAACGUCAUGUACGAAAAGCGCCAUCUUUUAGAAGAGAUCGUCAAAUGCAGAGCUUUUCGAUCAUUAUAUCAAGAUGUGGAAUUGGUCCCCAUCGAAGAGUUCCAUGCACGUGCACCCAAAGAAUACUUGGAGAAUCAAGAUAAUCCACAUCAGCUCAUGAUCAACAGACUCAAAUUUGAACAAUUGGAACGAACAAGUUUACGAGAACAACAAGAGAAGCUUCAAGCUGAACGUUUGGCUCUGAUACGAGAGAACCGCAAGGCUCAAGAAAAGUUGGAUCGCUUUGACAAGCUUUUGGAUGACUUUGUUCAAGCUGCCACUCCACUGGAAGAAGCCUUGCAAGAGGAAGAGAAAAAAGCAACUACUACCACGACUACUACCACUAUCGCAUCAUAA